UGUAGAAAUCUUUUUUCUAUUUUUGCAGCUGUUUGGCAUAAUCUCAGUCCCGGUCAAACCUGAGUGUACCUGGCCACCUGUGGGACUACACAGAUGUCACAAUAACUUUGCACCUUCUGGAUGCUGAAAUCAACAGUAUUUCCUUCAAUGGAUGAUGCCCUGAGGUUUCUUGGUUCUGAGAAUCCAAGCUUUAUCUAAAUUAUUAAUUUGCUUUUCCUUUCCUAUUCUUCCAUGUUGACUGGUUUUUGUUACAAUCAGCUACAGUCACUAGUUUUUCUCUCUUCUGCUUUCAUCUUGCUGUUUUGAAAAGGACAAAUCUGUUGCUAUUAUGGUGAUUCAGAAAUACUUCCAGUGUACUUUCUGGAGGAUGGUAGAAUCUUUGGACCAAGAAUCUGGGGACACUUCUCAGUAUCGGUUGAGAAUUGUGUUCAUAGAUUACAGGACUUUUUUGUUUCUGGUUCCUUGAGUGUAGUAUUUAUCUGACUCCAAACAGGGUUUUCAACAAGCUGUUCCUCAGCAGAUAGAGAGAAAUCAGGCUUCUAGUAUUCUCUACUCUCUAAAAAACAACCUUGCGUAUUCAAAAAUAUUUUGGUUUACUUUCUUUUAUUUGCUCUGCAGUUUCUCCCCCAGGUCCCAUUCUGGAUAUGCAUGAAAGAAAUUGCAGAGUAAAAUAGGAAAACUUAAUGGGUUACUGUUCUUUAGUUGGCUUUGUCAAUGUAUAACAAUCCCUGACACCAAGCUCCUUCAUGAUUCCUGGUUGCUUUUGCUGCCUUCAAUGUCAAGUAUCAGAGAGCUGAUAGUGAGCCUCGUAAACAGGAUGGAAAAGAAGGUCCCACAUCAAAAACAUCACUCAUUCGAGUUUGCAUUUCCUCCUAUUAAGUUCAAAAGGAGGAUUUCCAGAAUCAUCCUCCUUGACUCUUUCCUCCCCCCCACCCCGUUUUUUGGAAUCAUUGCCUUUUUUUGUGCAUCAGCCAAAAUCUGUGCAACUUCUUUUCACAUUGUGUGUCACCCACUGUGACACAAGCUCUUCAGCUACUUCAUCUCAAGGCAUGAGUGAAGUGUUUGAAAAUGAACAUAAAACUUUCCAAUUGACAUUGUGUCAUUUAAAACCUGGAAUCCCUAGUUCUGGAAGGGAUCAGAGUGGAUCUCUGAAAGCAAGACAGAGAAGGUAUUUUGGGCAGUAGACUAGGAUGCAGGACAAAGAAGCUAAUCUCUAACCUCUCUCACCUCCCUCUCUGUUUCUGGACUGUUGGUUUAAAUCAAGUGCACCAAAGUAUUUCAGUGCCUAUGUUGAAUUCACAUCAGUUAAGAUCUUGGUGCUUAAAUGGGGCAGCUGCUUGCCCUGACUCAGGUCUGUGGUCUAUCUGGACACAGCCUCCUUUCUUCCACCUGUUGUCUGGGUAUUAGAGGUGAUCUGUACACCAGGACUGGUUGUUGUUCUGUACAGUCACUAAAGGAGUAGUUCCAAUAGGUGUUAUUGUAACAUAAACCUUGAUCCUGCCAGUUAAGUUGGCAGAUAUUUCUUGUAAAUGUUGCUGCUUUAGACUGGUGAGAAGAGUGGGGAAAAUAACUGGGUGCACCUGUUACAAAAAGAGAUCAAAUUAGCUCCAUGUGAGACUUUAAUUGCUUUUCACUCCAUAGAUCACGCACAAAAGUUGAGGUCAUUUUUUGCCCAGCUGCUUGCCAAGUUACUUUUUAACUUUUUAGCGUUUAAACUAACAGGCUUAGUUAAAAUAACAGGCUUUGUUUUUGUCUCACAGCCGCUUGUUUCCUCCUUUUACUAUGUAUUUGCUUGUAGCGGAAAAAGCAUCGGGAAAGGAAACUGUUGUGGAUUGGCUGGCUACACAAAGUCCUCCAGCAGAGUUCGGGGAGUUCAGGGUGGAACAGGGCCGUGUAUGUGGAGUAGACUUCACUGUUUCAAAGGCUGAAAAACUGCUCUAGUGGGAGGCCAAAUGCAGUGACUUAAUAUGGAACCUGAAGUGGUAAGGAGCAGCUGUCAGCUUGAGCAAACCUGUGGCAAGCUCUGGCAAAUCCACUGGAGCUGGUUUAUGAAAAGCUCUCUCUGAAAUCACAAGGCAAUAGAUGAAGUUAGUAGGCUGAAGAGGAGACUCUAUGAAAUCAUGCAGCAGGAGAUACGGCCGCUGGUAGCAGUGGAUAUAAUAGAGCAGCUCCACAGGCAAUUUGCAAUCUUGUCAGGAGGAAGAGGGAAGGAUGGGGCACCCAUUAUAACCUUUCCAGAAUUUGCAGGAUUCAGUGAGAUACCUGAUGAUGAUUUUCUGAAUGUGGUCACUUAUCUAACCAGCAUUCCCAGUCUGGAGGCUGCCAGCAUCGGAUUCAUCAUCAUCAUAGACAGACGACGGGACAAAUGGAGUGCAGUCAAGGCAUCCCUGACACGAAUAGCAGGAGCAUUUCCAGGAAACCUGCAGCUGGUGUUUGUCCUGAGACCCUCCCGCUUUAUCCAAAGGGCAAUCGCUGACAUUGGCAUUAAACUCUACCGAGAUGACUUUAAAAUGAAGGUACCGAUCAUCAUGUUAAAUUCUGUCUCUGAUCUGCAUGGCUACAUUGACAAGAGCCAGCUGACCCGGGAGCUGGGGGGAACUCUGGAGUACGGCCACAGCCAGUGGAUCCAUCACCGAACGGCCAUUGAAAACUUUGCAAUGACAGUAAAAACAACAGCACAGAUGCUACAGAGCUUUGGAACAGACUUAGCAGAGACUGAACUUCCCAACGAUGUGCAGUGCACAGAGGAGCUUCUCUCCUCACACACCGAGCACCACAGCAAGCUGAAGGAUGAGCUGAAGCUAGCAGUGAAGCAGGGGGCCACCUUACUGACAUGCAUCCGGGAGCCAGUCACCCGAAGUGCCAACAGCAAACUCAGUCCAGAUGAACUGGAAAAUGUGGCCACAGUGGAAAGGUUGUUGGCUCAGUUGGAUGAAACAGAAAAAGCUUUUGAUCAAUUUUGGACCAAGCAUCAUCUAAAACUAGAACAGUGCCUGCAGCUUCGACACUUUGAACACGAUUUUAGAGAGGUAAAAUUGACAUUGGAUAACCUCAUGGAAACACAAGCAGGUUUUGCUGACAUUGGAGACAGUGUAACUCGAGUUGAGAACCUCCUCAAGGAACAGAAACAUCUGGAAGAGAAAGGACAGGAACCUUUGGAGAAGGCCCAGUCCCUGGCUCUCCAUGGAGAACAGCUCAUCCAAAACAACCAUUAUGCAGUUGACUCCAUUAGACCAAAGUGUGUUGAACUCAGGCGCAUUUGUGAUGACUUUACCAAUGAGACCAAGAAAAAGUAUGAUAUUUUGGGAAAGUCUCUUGAGCUGCAUAAGCAGUUAGAUAAGGCAAGCCAAUGGUGCGAAGCUGGAAUCUACCUCUUAGCUUCCCAAGCUGUGGACAAGUGCCAGUCACAAGAGGGAGCUGAAACUGCGCUCGUUGAAAUUGAGAAGUUCUUGGUAACUGCUAAGGAACACCAGCUCUCUAACCCAAAGGAGUUCUACAAUCAGUUUGACAUGAUCCUCACCCCUGAAAUAAAGGCCAAUGCCCAAAGAAUUGUACAAAAACUCGAAGAUGUGCAAGAAAUGUUUGACAAGAGGCAAGUAAGUCUGAAGAAGCUGGCAGCCAAACAGACCCGGCCAGUACAACCUGUUGCUCCACAUCCUGAAUCUUCCCCAAAGCGAGCAUCACCAAAGAUUACCAGACCAGCAGCAGUAGCUACCAACAGGAGGUCUACAGAAAUUUCUUGCCCUCCAAAGACCGUUUCUGAAGUAGAGCUAUCAAAAAAGAAAAGCAUUAAGAAGACAAAAGGUGGAAUUAAGAUUGAAGUGAUGCAUGAAGCCAGUCAAGGAGGAUCCAGCAGAGUCCUGGUAACCAGUGAAAGUGAUGAGAACUUGUCAACAAGAAGGAGCCACAUAAUCAAUGAGCUGAUAGAAACAGAACGGGUUUAUGUAGAAGAACUUCAAAGUAUAAUAGAGGGGUAUGCUUCAGAAAUGGACAAUCCCAAUUUAGUACAUCUGAUUCCAUCUGCGCUUCAGAACAAGAAGGAAAUUCUUUUUGGGAACCUCCCAGAAAUCUACUAUUUCCACAACAGGAUUUUCCUUAAGGAGAUAGAAAAUUGCAUUGAAAACCCUGAGCUUCUUGCCCGAUGCUUUUUGAAAAGAAAGGAGGACCUCCAAAUAUAUGAGAAGUACUGUCAGAACAAACCAAGGUCUGAAGCUCUCUGGAGACAGUGUGGAGACAGCAUCUUUUUUCAGGAAUGUCAGCGUAAAUUGGAUCAUAAGCUCUCUCUAGAUGCUUAUCUCUUAAAGCCAGUUCAGAGAAUCACCAAGUACCAGCUGCUGCUAAAGGAAAUGCUGAAGUGCAGCAAGAACUCAGAAGGUACUGCUGAAUUGGAAGAAGCCCUGGCCACGGUGCUUGAUAUCAUCAAAUCAGUGAAUGAUUCCAUGCACCAGAUAGCAAUCACAGGAUAUGAGGGGGAUGUCAGUGAGCUUGGCAAGCUGUUGAUGCAGGGUUCCUUCAACGUAUGGACUGACCACAAGAAGGGGCACAACAAGGUGAAGGACUUGGCUAGAUUCAAACCAAUGCAGAGACACCUCUUCCUCUAUACCAAGAUGCUACUUUUCUGCAAGAAACGGGAGGAGAACACCGAUGGCCAUGAGAAGACAGCUUCGUACAGCUUUAAAAAUUCAUUAAAGAUGAGCACUGUGGGCAUUACAGAAAAUGUAAAAGGGGAUAAUAAGAAGUUUGAGAUCUGGUAUAAUGGCAGAGAAGAAGUCUAUAUCAUUCAGGCAUCUUCUGUUGAGCUGAAAAACACCUGGAUUUCAGAGAUCCGCAAAGUCCUGACAGGACAGCUGGAGGCAUGCAGAGAAGCAAGUCAACUGCACCAAAGAAUCACUGAGAGUGUGUAUCAUGCACCAAUGGAUUCCUCCAAUGCAAGCAGGUAUAGCAGGAAGUCAUCAAGUAUAUAUGAAAACAAAUCUGAGACAUCAAAUGUGGAUGCAUCUAACAAUAAAAACAGGAAUUCCAGUCCCAGCGCCAGACAAAAGAGAGUUGAUGCUUCCAGCAGCCUUAACCUUGAGCGCACAGCGCUUGCUAGAAAGCGAUUCACAUUGCAAGGUCUUUCCAACCGCAGAGCUCCACCCAAAGAUCCAGAGUCUAAGGACAGAGAAGUUACCCGUCGCUUUUCCCUAGCCUCCUCCAUCAGCACCACAGUUAAUGCUUCUGCUGUCACCAAAGGUCCCCUUGUUCCUGCAGUUAAAGUCAAGAGACACGAAAUUAAGAGUGACCCAACUCCCCUGGGGUUUGAAGAUGCUUUUGAGAACACCAUUUUGGCCCAGACUAAAUGUAAUGCUGGUUCCACCACGAGAUCCGUACCUAGAUCUGCUUCACAGACAGGUUGGCCCAGCAGACAAAUGCCUUCUCUAGACACAUUUGAAGAUUUUGAAGCCAUCCCUUCCAGCAUGGAUGAACUCUCCAACUCUUCUGAUUUGGAGGAAGAGACCAACCCUAACAAUGGGAGCAAUCUCUUCCGGGUCGAAGGCAGUUUUGACAGCUGUUUCCCAGAUUCUCUUACUCUCGAGGAUGGAGAUUUAGUGCAGUUUGUGCAGGAAGGAGAGAAUGGUCAAUGGUUAGUGAAGAAACUGGUCUCUGAGAAAAGCGACUGGGUUCCUUCCAGCAUAUUACAGCCAGCAGAGGGGGACAGUAACAACAUAAUUAAGAGCAGCAAUGCAGACACGUACAACGAUUCCUGCAGCACAGCCUCACUAGAGUCAGACACGAAGGAAAGUGAGGUGGCCAAAAGCUUCCCAGCAGAACAGAAUGCUGGCAGCUGAACAGCAGGACCAGCCUUCCUCAGGACCUCGUCCACCUGUCUUUAUUUUGGGUGGACACUGGAUCAAAGUUGCCUUUCUCACAAGCUCUGAGGUUCAUAAUUCACUAAAAUUUUAUCAACAUGAACAGAUGAGAACUGUGCUGUCCACCUGGCAAGCUGGGAAAAACAAACUUGAAAGGAGCAUUAAACAUCCAGAAAACAUCAAACCUACCUGCAGUAUUAGAGGAGAAAAAUGCUUCUUGCAUUGAUUAUCAAACUGUUUCAGAAGAUGUGGCCUAAAUUAGGUCGACAGCAGAGCUGAAGAGUCUCUAUGCACGCACCUUUUGGCAACUUUGCUUGAGCACCACAUCACUGCAGAGGGGCACGUGGUGGUUUUGAGUCCUUGCUCCACCCUGGGGUCACCUGGAGGUUUUUCCAUUUGCUUGCCUCUGGCUGUGCCUUCCCUGUCCUCCUUAAUUCCAGCUGAUACAUCAUCACAAAUGUGCCCUUUUUGCUGUCAGUCAACACCAAAAACACUCCACUUGAGGGUGGCUGUGGAAAGGAGACUUCUGGCUGGGACCAUCAGAGAGGCUCCGUGCAGCAGUGACGUGACUGUCCCCUCUGCGGUGGCCGGGAAGGCCCUGCUGCUCACAGCAUUCCACAGCUGGCAUGGUGCAGGUGGCAGCUCCUGCCUGGGAGGUGCAGGGCUAAGCAGGGAAGUAAAGACAUGUAACAGCUACUGUGACAAAGAACACUGAACUCUUUUUACAGUCUAAGUCAUUCCUCUGCCCCCUCUACAGUCUCUGGCUGCUGGAUCACAACACUUUGCAUUUGGUGCCGAGAAUUCAGUUGAAUGCCAUUUACUGUCACAUGUUUGAGUAGACUGCAUGCUUUCCUUGUGUGCUGGGCUAUGAGUAGAUACAUUUCACCCCCCUUAUAUAUAUAUAUAAGUAUAUUUGGAAUAUACUUAAGCAUUGCAAAUAGGCAGUGAGCAUUAGAUGCUCCAAUGAGUGGAUAAAGUGUUGUUGUUAAAUACUUCUUUCCAGGACGUUUGAUGAAAGGACUGUACCAAAUCUCUGCCACAUAAGGAUGUAAUGUAUACUAUAAAGUGAUUACAGAUGUUAUGAUUCCUAUACAAGCCAUUAGCUCAUUUAGAGUAGCUGGUAAGGCAUGAAGGCAUUUUGAUGGUAAUUGGGUCUUAGGUCCCACAAAAGCUGCUAGUGCUGGCAAAUACUGCUAGUGAAGAUAAAUAGCUAAACUAGCUAUUUAAACUAGCUGCUAGUAAAAAUAAAUAUUGACCAGGAGUUGCAAACAGGCAAAUAUCAAUCUGGUAAAAAUGAGCCCAGAAGAAGCUCAAGAGUGAAUGAGUGGCUUUCACUCUUAGGGAUGUUUUGUUUAACCCUUAGACUAGUGGUGCUUUAUGUAAAUAACAAAGGGCACUAAAAGCACUAGAAACGCAGAUGAAGCAAACCAAAACCCACUCUUUAGUAACUGAGCCUCUGAGCAAAGCAGUAGUUGUGUGUAUAAUUUCUGCCCUCACCUUUGCAGGGACUCGAAUGUUUUCCUUUGUGCCUCAGUGGAGGCUGGUGUGGCAAGUACCUUAGCGUGGGAGUCAGGAUAGCUGUGGAGCAGGCAGAUAUUCCUGUUUGAGAAAAAGCUUUGGAGCAGGUAAAGGCUUAGUCAGAUUUUUUUUUUUUUGCCUGUGCAAACUUACUGCUUGAUUAUAAGUUGCACUGUGGUGAUUGAUUCCCAUGGCUCUUCUAACUUUCCAUAUCUAAACUCUGUGAUUUUUGAUAUUUUCUGUUCAGGACUAAAGGACCUUUCUGGAAGCUAUUUUUGUUCUACAGAGGUAGGAACUUGCCUGUUUGUGUUGGUCAUUUACCUCAAAAGUAACAUGUAGGCUCUCAGGAACACAAAUCCUCUUGGUCUACUGUGGUUAUCAGCAUCUUGCAGGAAGACUUGAUUCCUUUCAGUCCCCUAAAGAAAUAUGCAGCGACAUUUUCUCAUAGUGCAAUUACUUUAUGCUCUCUCUAAAAUGAGUUCAGUCUGGUUUCUCUAUUACUUUCAGUAUUUUUUGCACAGGAACAGUGCUGCUGUCUACCCCUGCCCUAAGCAUAGGAGAGGGAAGGGCUAGGGAGCUUUGAUUGCACAUUAGUGAGUAUAGUAAGCUUUGCGUGCGGGAGAGAGGUGGGGAACGAUUACUCUGAGUGUAUGAAACUGCCAAACUGAAGAUUUGUGACAUUGCUGAUGGAUGGAAAGACAAAGGAGCAACCUUCUGGCUUUGCUGACGAGACAAAAUGGGGUUUGAUGACUUUUUGAGCUUUUUAAAUAGUAUGCAGGACAGUCUUUUAAUUAGUGCAUUUCUGUCAAACAAAGUGAUAAUUAAGGGAAUGACUCUCCAUGUACAGUCUAGAAGAUGAUUUGGUAAAGUCCAGCAAGACUAAUGUGUAUGUUAGGUUAUGCUUAUUCUGUCUGUCGGUCUUUGACACCAUCCCAUUCAGGUAGGUGGACCUAAAAAUCAUCAUUUUCAAAUAAGGAUUUCAUUUCAGUGUUGUUUGGAGAUGCUAUAGUGACCAUUUAGAAGUCAUUUAAAAGUAAUGGUUGUGAUGAAGAUUUGUCUGUAGAAGACAGCAGAUCCCAGGUAAAUCCGUGCUGCAGCAGCCCUUGCUGCUGGCCCCAUGCCUGGCUGUGCUCCCGGGCCUGGGCUGGUCACACCUGCCCUCCAGGCUGAGGGUUUGCCUGGGCUCUCCUCUCUCUGCUCUGCUGCUCUUCUGUGAAACUUCAGAAACUUCACAUCCUCAAAACUGCCCUCAAAAGUGCUCACUCAGGUGUGGGUGGGCUGCAGAGUCCUCCCCUGGCACCAAUGGCAAAGAGAGGUGGGCAGAUGCACGACACACCAGUCUUGCUUUUAGUAAACCAGGCUAGAAUAGAAUCAGGCCUGAUCCUUUCCUCUUACCUGGAAACCCCCCAGGUGGAGAGCCAGACCAGUGCUCGUUGUCUUGAACACAAACAGCUGCAGCCAAACCACAUCUGAGCUCUGGCUUUCCUCGCCACCGACAGCAAAGCUCUGCGUGUGUCAUAUUCUGGUUGUGUGUGUGAUGAGAAGCCAUUUUAUUAUCUAUGAUUUUCUUAGAGUCUUGAUAUUUCAAACAGGAUUGGGUAUCAGAAAGGCCAUGUGCUUCCUUUCCAAAAAUACUCAAAGACUUCAAAUAUAUAUAUAUAUAUGUGAUUAGAAAUAUAUCAGAAUACUAAGAAAAAAGAUCCAAAAUGUGUAUUUCUUCUUGCAGCUGGACUGAAACAGCUGCUAAGAUUUCCUCUCCCCAGCUGAGAAUUGGUACAGUUUGUUUUCUUACAUGAUUUCCAUGGUGUUGAUAAUGAUGUAUUUGUAUAUUGUGACUGAUGAGAGAUAAUCAGACAGGGAAAGAGCACAGAAUUACCUGUCCUUUUUUCCAGUCAAUACAGAAUGUAUGAAUUUAUUACAAGAAAAAAAGUGUGCAAAUGAACUUCCUGUAAUUAGGCCAUUCUGACCUGUGUAGAACCACACUUUGUUUGAAAUUUAUAAAAAUUAUAACUAGUACAAAA